UGUUGUUAAAUAGUUAGUGGUCUCAUUCCCUGUUUGUUUGUCAGAGUUAACAGGAGUGCCUGGUAUGACCUAGGCUCAAAUUUGUUGUAUCAUGGGGAGUACUUAUUGUUUACCUUAUAUUAUAUAGUUUAUGCGUGGUUUUUCUUGCAUAGCCAGCCACAUACCUCAGAAUUUAUCUGUAUAUGAAUUAUGCAAAUUAAUCUAGGUUCUAUCCAUGUUCUUAACAUGCAUCCAUCAGCCUUUAAAUAAUAGUCAAAAGUAUUAAGGAUUACUCAGCACAUGGUUGGUGAGUUGCGAGCAUAGUGGCGGACAUGUUGUAGUGAAUUACCCCUGUAAACUCAUAGAGUUUUUAUGUCUGAAUUGAGUCUGAAUUGAGUCAGAAUUAUGUCUGAAUUAAGUAUGAAAAGAGCCGAAAAUGAUCUAUGAAACUUAAGUAAUUUUGUUCUCUGUAAACAUUCAAUUACAUUCAGUCAGUAAACUAAUAUAAAACCUAUGACGAUUCUUCUGUUUUAAAAGUCAAGACUCAAGUGACGGUAGUCAACAGAAUCCGGAAAGUUCUAGCCCAGUCAGCCGUGCCUGCCCUACUGCCAUGCGCCUAGUUAAGCUCAGUGCACGACGUGCGAUGUGUCGUGCACGGCAGCUAUAGUAAAAACUCUCAGUUUAUAAUGUGUAAUAAAGUUGGAAAGAAAGGCACUAUGGCCUAGCCUAGAGAGUAGCCUGUGACUGGAUCGUUGCGACUCGGAACUUGUUCAUGCGUUUAGAGAAUGUGUUCCUGUGUUCCAGUUACCAGAAUCUACUAUUGUUGCGGUAAGGCCUUAGGCCUAUAGAACUUUGACUGGAUCGUUGCGACUCGAACGUGUUCAUGCUUUUAGAGAAUAUGUUCCUGUGUUCCAGUUACAAGAAUCUACUAUUAUUGCGGUAAGGCCUUAGGCCUAUAGAACUUUGUCUGGAUCGUUGCGGCUCGAACUUGUUCAUGCGUUUAGAGAAUAUGUUCCUGUGUUCCAGUUACAAAACCUACUAUUGUUGCAGUUAGGCCUUAGGCCUAGAUAGCUUUGCCUGGAUCGUUGCGGCUCGAACUUGUUCAUUGUUUGGAGAACCUGUUCCUGUGUUCCAGUUAUAGAAUCUACUAUUGUUGCGGUUAGGCCUUGGGCCUAGAGAACUCUGCCAGGAUUGGUGCGACUCGGUAUUGUCUCAUGCGUUUAAGAACUUGUUCCUGUUCAAGUCAUCUUUUGAAUCGUUGCGUUUGGGACUCGUUGAUAUGACUUUGGCAUUUUUUUACCCACUCAGUUACUUAUAGAAUUUAUAAUGAUUCUAUUCUUUAUGUGAUAUAAUGAUUAGACACUAUUUCAAAUUUGAGGAAACUAGUUAAGUAAUUGUUUGUGAAAUAUUUGUAAAUUCAUAGAGUAUUGAUAACUGAUUAUGUUUGUAUCAAAUGCGUAAUUACCUUUCAAUCAGAAUACUUUAAUGUCAUUGGAAUUAAUGUAACUAAUUUGUUGGAAUAUGUUUGGAUCAUGGUGUCAAUAGUUGGCUUUGAAUUUGCGCUAUUUUAUGUAUGCAAUAUAUAUGAAUAUCAUUGUUAAACUUUAUACAUGUAUAUGUCACUUGUGUUUCAGGAUUAACAUGUUUUAGAUUCAAUUAGGUCAUAGGCACAAUGUCAUCAUCCCGUUCACACAAAUCCACUUCGUCCUUUGUUACAAAAAGUAUUGCGUCGCGUUCUAGUUCAAAAUCUAAAUUUGCAGCCGAAGCAGCUGCCUUAAGGGCUAAGUUAAAAUACUUAGAUGCGGAAAGUAAGGCUCGACUUGAAUUAGAAAGGAUCCAAACACAAAGAGACAUUGAGAUAGCUGAAGCUGCGCUAAAAUCAUACGAGGAUGAUCAUUACAGUGCAAAGAAAGAAAUAGACUUAUCGAGUGACCUAGAGAAUAUUCAAAAUCGUAAUGAAUAUGUUAGAGACUAUAUUAAUCAAAUGCCUGAUGCUGAAACACUAUCACUGUUACCUCAAACUACAGUACCACCAACGCGACAGUUUGACAUUCUACCAGGUUCUGCCCCAUCUUCAGUUCAAAACUCAAGUUCCUCUCAACAACAAUCGGAUAUUGUAAAUCUUGCGCAAACACUAGUGGAUCAAAUGAAUCUAACGAAAUUACCUAUUCCAGAACCACCAUUAUUCAAAGGCAACAUCCUUCAGUACCCAGCAUGGAAAAACACCUUUAACACUCUGAUAGAAAGAAAAUCAAUUCCAGAUCAAGAAAAACUGUUUUAUUUGAAGAGAUACCUGGAUGGCGAUGCUAAAGAUUCGGUGGAAAGUUAUUUUCUCCUCGACUGUGCGGAUGCGUAUCAUGAUGCCAAGGCUUACCUGGAAAAACUGUAUGGCGACCCCUUCAAGAUUGCUCAAGCCUUCCGAGACAAAUUAGAGAACUGGCCUCGGAUAUAUCCGCGUGAUGGAGCUGCUCUGCGAAAACUUUCAGACUUUUUAAGGCAAUGUCAAACUGCAAUGAUUUCCAACAAGUCUUUAUCAGUGUUAAAUGAUCCUAGAGAAAAUCGUAAGCUGUUAUGUAAGCUACCUGAGUCAAUAUACAGCAGAUGGGCGGUUAAAGUGCAUGAUUAUAAGACACAGCAUCAAGACUUCCCACCCUUUCAGGAAUUUGUUCGUUUUAUCACUCGUGAAUCAGAUAUAGCAUGUGAUCCUGUUACUUCUCAAAUAUUCAAGCCUUUAAACACAAGUCAAGGUCAUUCAAGUGGUUAUUUUAACAAUGCGAAUUCACAUCGGAGAUCAAAUGGCUUCAAAAGCUUUCAGGAUCGGAAAACUCCAAGUGCGACAUCAUUGGCUACAGGAGGGACCGAUACAUCUAAUAAAUCAAGUGGUUUUAUUCAACAGUGUGCACUUUGUAAAGGAAGGCAUCAUCUUAAUGAAUGUCCUAAAUUUUUAGAGAAAACCAUACCCGAGAAGAAAAGGUACAUUGAGGAAAAUCGACUCUGUUAUGCAUGUAUGUUUCUUGGACAUCUUUCUAAGCACUGCAGACAACGGUUAUUUUGCUCAGUAUGCAGUAAAAGGCACCCUACAAGUCUUCAUGGAGAUACGCUCCCCUCCAAUGAAAGGGAACAGGCUGUUAGUCAUAAUGCGAAGGUGAAUUCUAUUGAAGAUAAGAGUUCUAUGAUAGUUCCUGUUUGGCUUUCGCAUGUAGAUAACCCAGAGCAUGAAAAACUUACUUAUUUGCUACAGGAUUCACAGUCUGAUACCUCCUUCUGUACGAAUAAUUCGGCCAAUGAGUUGGAUGUCAAUGGUAAACCUGCACAUUUGAUGUUAUCCACUAUGUCUGCUGAAAACCAGCUGAUUGAUUGUAGAAAGAUUUCUGGUUUACAAGUUAGGGCUUAUAACAGUGAUCCAGCCUCCAAAAGAAUUUCACUUCCCCCUGUAUUCACAAGAGAUAGGAUACCAAUAAAUAGAUCCCACAUACCUACCCCUGAGAUGGCAAGAAAGUGGCCGCACCUGUCUAAGAUUGCGUCUGAUAUUCCACCUCUAAUGGAUUGCGAAGUAGGUUUGUUGAUUGGAUACGACUGCCCCAAGGCUCUCACUCCAAGAGAAGUGAUACCUCACGACAAUACUGGCCCCUUUGCGCUGAAGACAGAUUUAGGUUGGGGAAUUGUCGGAGUCGUCAGUGGACUUCCAGAUGAGUCAGAGUUCGAUGCGAUUGGUAGCAGUAGUCAAGUUUUCUCUUGUUCAACAGAUGCAGCCGAAGUUAGAUUCUCGUUGCGAAAUAAGGUCAAGGAAUUAAUUAAUCCAGCAGAAGUUUUAAAAAUGAUGGAAAUGGAUUUUAGCGAGCGAUCAUUCGAAGGAUCAGGAAUUUCUAGAGAUGAUCAGCAAUUCCUUGAUAAGAUGAACUCCUCGAUAAGAAUGGUAGAAGAACAUUAUGAGAUGCCCCUACCAUUUCGAAGCGAAAGGCCAUUUCUACCAAAUAAUCGUCAAGCAGCAGUUAGUAGAUUGAAUUUACUUACCAAAAGGUUUCAACGCAAUGUUGAGUUCAAGACGGACUACAGCACUUUUAUGGAUGAGAUCAUCACAAACGGCUAUGCGGAGUUGGUACCAGAAGAUGAAAUUCACUGCGAUAAUGGUCAUAUUUGGUAUAUUCCACAUCACGGAGUUUACAACGUGAAUAAGCCUGGUAAAAUACGUGUCGUAUUUGACUGCAGUUAUACACUGAAUGACCAUCUACUAAAGGGACCCGAUCUUACUAAUAGCCUUUUUGGUGUGUUAUGUCGAUUCAGAUCUCGAAAAAUUGCGUUCGUCUGCGAUAUUGAAAAAAUGUUUUUUCAAUUUAAAGUUACUCCAGUAGAUAGGGACUAUUUGAGAUUUUUGUGGUGGAAGGACGAUAAAAUAACAGAUUAUCGUAUGUCUGCGCAUUUGUUUGGCGCUGCGUCUUCUCCUGGAUGCGCCAACUAUGGACUUAAGAGAGCUGCUAACGACUUUGAAGAUGAGUUUGGAUCUUGCAUUGCGGACUUUGUUCGAAAUAACUUUUAUGUGGACGACGGCUUGUUAUCCGUAGAUACUGAAUGGGAAGCCAUAGAAAUCGUGGAUAAGAGUAAGAAACUUUUAGCAAAAUGUGGAUUGCGUCUUCAUAAGUUUGUUUCAAACUCCAAAAAGGUUUUACAAGAAAUUCCUGUGCAAGACCGUGCUUCGACUGUUCAAUCGUUGGAGUUAUUCAGUGAUGAGUUGCCAGUUGAACGUUGCUUAGGAGUCCAGUGGUGUGUACAGUCGGAUACCUUUCAAUUCCGCAUCUCCUUAAAGGAUCAACCUCUUACACGACGUGGUAUUUUAUCUACUGUAUCUUCAAUCUAUGACCCCCUUGGAUUGAUUUCCCCUGUGAUAUUGGUCGGAAAGCAAAUUUUGCAAGAACUUUGUAGAAAUCAAACCGAUUGGGAUGCAGAAAUCCCUGAAGAACUCCGCACCCGGUGGGAGGCUUGGAGAUCAAAUCUGAUAGACCUAGAAAAGCUGAAGAUCGACAGAUGUUUUAAGCCCAAGGAUUUCGGUGAAGUACAGAUCGCUGAAUUGCAUCACUUUUCGGAUGCCUCUACUUAUGGAUACGGACAGUGCUCCUAUUUGCGACUUGUAGACGAGAACAAUAAAGUGUCCUGUUCGCUUGUUAUGAGCAAGUCUCGUGUUACCCCUUUGAAACCCAUAACGAUCCCAAGACUAGAAUUAUCCGCUGCACUGGUGUCGGUCAAGGUCAGCAAUCAAUUACGAGCAGAACUAGACUAUGAAAAUGUGAUCGAAAGUUAUUGGACAGACAGUAAGGUAGUUUUGGGCUACAUCAAUAAUGAUGCUCGUCGUUUUCAUACCUUUGUUGCCAACAGAAUUUCACAAGUACGGGAUUCAACAGAACCAAACCAGUGGUAUUACGUUAAAUCAAGUGAAAAUCCUGCUGACAUAGCCUCGCGUGGGGUGACUGCUCAUGAGCUUUUAAACUCCAAAUGGUUUUCUGGACCUGAUUUUAUUUGGAAACCAACUAUUCAGGCUUCAGAGGAACAAAUCGGCACUACUGUCCAUGGAGAUGAUCCUGAAGUAAAACAUGUCACGUCACUUGCUACGCACACCCAGAAAACCCAGAAAACGUUUGAACUUUCUCGACUUAGCCACAUAUCAGACUGGUUUCAUGCGAAAAGAUCCAUUGCUUUGUGUUUGAAAUUGAAAGAUUACUUGCGAAGAAGACUUCAAACUAAGGAUCUUAAGGAACCUGUAUAUGGUCCAUUGUUGGUUGAAGAUUUGCGUAAAGCAGAGCUUGAAAUCAUUAGGCUUGUUCAAGCUGAGGCCUUUGGGGACGAAAUAAAGCUUAUUCAGGAGUCUACUCGGUCGACGGAUGGAUCAGUAACAAAAUGUCUCAAGAGAUCAUCUCGUCUAUUCAAAUUAGAUCCUUUUAUGGAUUCCAAUGGAAUUCUGUGCGUAGGAGGAAGACUUAAAAUUUCUGGUUACGAUGUUAUGGAUAAACACCCAAUGAUUCUGCCUAAGAAAAAUCAUAUUACAGACUGCAUCGUUCGUUACUUUCACGAGUUAGCUGAACAUCAAGGUAGAGGGAUUACAACCAAUUUUAUUCGCUCAAAUGGUUUUUGGAUAAUUGGAUGUAGUCGAUUAGUUUCUUCAUGUAUUCUGCGCUGCGUCACAUGUAGAAAACUUCGGGGACGUUUACAAGGGCAGAAAAUGAGUGAGCUACCAAAGGAUCGCAUACAAGAAGCACCACCGUUUACCUAUUGCGGAGCAGAUUGCUUUGGGCCGUGGUAUAUUAAACAAGGACGGAAGGAAAUUAAACGCUACGGCCUCCUUUUCGUGUGCAUGUCUAGUCGUGCAGUACAUAUUGAAACUUUGGAUAACUUAAGUACAGACUCAUUUAUCAAUGGAUUACGACGGUUCCAGUGCCUCCGUGGUCCGAUUCGUCAAUUGCAGUGCGAUAAUGGGACAAACUUCGUUGGUGCGUCUCGUGAAUUAACUGAAAGUCUCAAGAAUUUAGACAACAAAUACAUUCAGAAAUAUCUCUUGGAGAAUGGUUGCGACUAUUUUGAAUUUUGCUUCAAUGUGCCUACUGCGAGCCACAUGGGUGGCGUUUGGGAACGCCAGAUCCGCACAAUUCGGAGUGUGCUGUCAUCGAUCAUUCAUAAAACUGGAUCUCAAUUAGAUGACGAAUCAUUGAGAACAUUUAUGCAUGAAGCAGCUGCGAUAAUCAAUAGUCGACCUUUAACAGUAGACAAUUUGAAUGAUCCACAGUCUUUGUCACCUUUAACCCCUAAUCACAUUUUAACCAUGAAGUCAAGGAUUGUGUUACCUCCUCCAGGACAAUUUCUACAACAAGAUGUCUAUUCUCGUAAGCGCUGGAGAAGAGUGCAGUAUGUAUCCAAUCAGUUUUGGAAUCGAUGGAGAUUAGAAUACUUACACAACCUUCAACAACGUAGUAAAUGGAUUAAACCAUGUCGUGAUAUGUGUGAUGGUGACAUUGUGCUAAUCGUGGAUGAUAAUUUAUCCCGUAACAAUUGGGCAUUAGCUCGCAUUAUUGAAAUUAUUAGAGAUGGUGACAACCAUGUUCGUAAAGUAAAAGUUGUGUUAGGUGACUCCAAGUUAGAUUCUAAUGGUAAACGUGUUCAAAAGCAAACAAUCUUGGAACGACCUAUACAUAAACUUGUUUUGGUUUUAGAGACCGGGGGUUCCCCUUCGAGGAGCCACUUUUACGGAUCCUUAGCUCGUAUGAGCAGAAGUAGAGCUUAGUAAUUAUGUAACUUGAUUGGUAAUUUUGAAUUAAGUAGAAUUAGUAUGUUAGUGUUUUGAAUUCAUAUUAAAUAUUAAGAUUGUCAGACUUACUGCGAAAUUUUGCUACUUUUAGUGUUAGUCAUGUAUUAUAAGUUAAAGAGUUUCUGGUUACAUUGAAUUGACAUAGUAGUUGAGUAUGUUAGUUAAUAGAUUAUUAUUUGAAAAUCAGUUAAACUAAUUUUGGGAAGCCAUGUUACUGUUGUUAAAUAGUUAGUGGUCUCAUUCCCUGUUUGUUUGUCAGAGUUAACAGGAGUGCCUGGUAUGACCUAGGCUCAAAUUUGUUGUAUCAUGGGGAGUACUUAUUGUUUACCUUAUAUUAUAUAGUUUAUGCGUGGUUUUUCUUGCAUAGCCAGCCACAUACCUCAGAAUUUAUCUGUAUAUGAAUUAUGCAAAUUAAUCUAGGUUCUAUCCAUGUUCUUAACAUGCAUCCAUCAGCCUUUAAAUAAUAGUCAAAAGUAUUAAGGAUUACUCAGCACAUGGUUGGUGAGUUGCGAGCAUAGUGGCGGACAUGUUGUAGUGAAUUACCCCUGUAAACUCAUAGAGUUUUUACGUCUGAAUUGAGUCUGAAUUGAGUCAGAAUUAUGUCUGAAUUAAGUAUGAAAAGAGCCGAAAAUGAUCUAUGAAACUUAAGUAAUUUUGUUCUCUGUAAACAUUCAAUUACAUUCAGUCAGUAAACUAAUAUAAAACCUA